UCACACCAUUCGUCAGUAGAGCGUUUUCUGUAGGUUUUUUCUUUAAGUAGUGUUCAACAUCAAUUUAUCCAAUAUGUGGGCAAGCAAGCUAAAGACAUUUACGCCUUACCUCUCAUUUGGAGUAGUAGCGACUGGAACUUCGUAUUUAGUAUUCCGUACCAUCAGAAAAGUUAAUGUAGCGCAUGCAAGUGCCGUCCAUACACCAGUAAAGACAUUUGCAGAGACUCGUGUUGUAGUCGUGGGCGGCGGCUAUGCAGGAAUGAAUCUGGCACAGAAGAUCAAGAAGAACUGUCAGUUAACAUUGAUUGAUGCUCGGGAUUCUUUCCAUCAUAAUAUGGGUGCACAGAGGUCAGCCUCUGAACCAGGCUACAUCAAGAAAUGUCUCAUUCCAUUUGAACCAACAUUUGGUGACAAAUUCAAGCGUGGUAAAGUCGUUGGUAUCAACGUCCAGCAACAGACUGUGACUCUGGCUAGUGGUGAAACGAUACCUUAUGAUGACCUCGUUAUAGCAACUGGUACAACUGGCAAAUUCCCCUCCAAACUGCCUGUAGAUACGAGUGCAAGUGAAGCGAUUGCAAGAUAUGAAGACAUGGUUGCCAAGGUCCAGAAAGCUCAGGACAUUGUUCUUAUUGGUGGAGGUGCAGUGGGCGUCGAGCUGUCAGGUGAUAUAAAGGAAGAUUACAAGGAGAAAGAAGUGACAUUGAUUCAUCCAAGAGAAAUCAUUGUCAAUGACAGGGUAUCUGAGUCAUUCCAGAAUACUGUAAAAGAACGAUUGAAAACUCUUGGAGUGAAGACAAUGCUUGGCGAGAGRGUCACCAACCUGCCUGAGAUCCGUGAAAAAGGCUACUUGAAUGUAACUGUCAAGACUGAUAAAGGAAGCGAGAAGAAGGCAGAUCUUGUUAUUGAAUGUACUGGACUCAAAGUCAACUCUGAGGCUUAUAAAGACAGUUUUGGUGACAAGAUGGAUGAGCUAGGACGCUUGAAAGUGGAUGAGUACUUGGGUGUAGAGGGGGUACCCAAUGUAUAUGCAAUUGGUGAUUGUACUUCAACCCCUGAGAUCAAACUAGCCAGGCUGGCCGARGCUCAGUCGACUUACAUGAGCAAAAACCUUCAGGCUAAACACGAAGGCAAAGAAAUGACGGUUUACAAAAUGGAAGAGGGCAAGUCUUUCAUCAUCUCGGCUGGCCGUUCAGGGGGGGCGGUGCAGAUGGGUAACUGGGUGUUCGGUGAUUGGUUGUCCAGAACAAUCAAAGGCAACAGUGUUUUUACUCCAAUGCAGUGGAAAGCAAUGGGACAAGAAAUGCCCAAGUAGACCCCCCACGGGACUUUCAAUAAACACAACCGAAUCAUUAUCGACAACUAAGCCACUUUCAAACACUGAAGCUCACAAGUACCCAGCUCAAUGCAAAUGAGACGAUGAUAACCACAGGCAGCCCAUCCAUUACAGAUUAGAUGGGCUGCAUGUGAGAUAAUGAGCAAAAACUGAAGAAUUUCUGUGUUUGAAACGGGCUUGGUUUUUGGUGAAGUACUUUAUCUCUGUUCUUGCUAUAGAAAUAAAAUUAUAUACCAGAUUUGAAA